AAAUGGCUACCUUAGCAGCACACAUUCAUCAGCCUGCUAACUGCUAGCGAGCUAACUCUCAGUGUUUCAUGACGAGACAGUGUGGCUGUUACCUUCUCCUGAGCAAGAUAGACUUCCACAGAGAAUACUCAAAUGGCUGUUCAAUCUCCAAUCGUGUAGGAUGUAUCACUUUUUCGCAAAUUGAAAAUGAUUCGUUUUGCAUCUGGAAGUCGCAUCAUGUCUGGGUUUCCAGUAUGGAGAGGCCUUCAGAAGAUAACCAGAGCACCAAACUACACAACAAAGACUCAGCUUCUGUUUCAGUCUCAAGCCUCCUCAGUGUUGAUGCCAUCAAGACUUUCUUCAACCAACAGGUUGUCAAGCAUCAGACCCGUGAGCUGGCAUGCCUCACGUCUGUGCCACAGUGACUCACAUGGGACUGGAGAGAGAGACCACAGCAAAGAGGGUCUCAGUCUAAGGGCCCUCACUCAGGCUCCUAAACCUGCUCUGUACCUGGGUUUCUCUGGGCUCAUCCCUUUCCUGUCUGCACCUAUUCUGAUGGCAGCCACGCAGUCCUUCUACCCUGAUAUUGCUUUUGCUCAUGUGGUGUACGGGGCCACUAUAGUCUCUUUCCUUGGAGGUGCCCGAUGGGGGUUUGCACUACCAGCUGGUAGUCCUGCUCAGCCUGAUUGGAUGAACUUGGGCAACAGUGUGGUGCCCUCACUGCUGGCCUGGCUGGCUCUGCUCUGCAGGGACAACAUUACAGAGGGCGCCCUGGUAGUUAUUAUGGGCCUGGGUCUUUCUCUGCACUAUGACCUGACCCUGCUGCCUGGCUACCCCCCCUGGUUCAAAGCUAUGAGAACUGUCCUCACUCUGGUGGCCACCUUUUCAUUGGUAGCUACUAUGUUGAUUAAAAAAUACUGCCCGGAAAAGAAGCUCAAAGACAUUCAGAAAUAAUUCAAGAGGACAGUUAGUACUUUGAGCCACAUGGACUUAAUAAAGUUUUACAUUCAAAGCAGA